CGAACUGUUGGCCGACGCACGGCGACGAGUGGCUGCCGAGAGAUCACGGACUACGUUCGGAUACGGAAAUGACGCAUCUCAAAGUUGAAAGCCCUGACAAUUAAAAAAGAGUUCUUUACGGUUAACUCAUGGAGGAGGACGUCUUGAAUGCGCUGCAGAUGCGCAGCGCCUAUCUAUCCGGCGGCUACGAUCGGGACAAGCGAAUCAUAUUCAUUGUGAAUGCAUUCAAUGAUCAACAAUUGUGGAAUCGACGUUGCCUGCAACUGACGCUCGACUAUCUCAAGCGUUCGCUCAGUGCAUCGUUAUUGCAAAAUGGAGUGAGUAUCAUUGUCAACGCCCAGGAGAGCAGCUCGCGCAUAUCCAGGCAGCACGUGCGGCAAAUUUAUGCGCUCUUUGGCGGCGACAUCAGCGUCGAUGUGUAUCUAGUCAGAGCGGAAGGCUUCUGGGAGAAGCACGUGGAGCCAUGCGCCAAGUCGCAGACCAAAGGCGAGCCCCUGGUGUUGUCGAAGGCGCGCCUGGCCAAGUUCAUAGAGCCACACAAUCUGCCCGAGGAGCUGGGCGGCACGCUGCAAUUCAAUUAUGAUCUGUGGCUGCAGCAGCGCAAGUCCAUUGACGAGUUCAGCAAAACCCACGCACAAACUUUGGGCGGCAUGGAGCAGCUGCUGACGCUGCUCAAGUCGCUGCGGCCAGCGGAAGCGGAUGUCGAGCUGAAGAAGUGCGCCAGGUUGCAUACACACGUGCAACGCAGUAUUGAGACGGCGAUUGAAAUGGGUAAUGCGAUCUUGGCGCGCUUUAACGAGGUUUACGAGACGCAAACGACAACGCCACAUGCCGCACCUGUUGCCACAUCGGCAACAGCAACAACGACGGCAACAACAACAACAACAGCCAACGCCCUGUGCCCUGCUAAGCCGCUGCUGCCGCCCGAUCUUGGCUGCGAGCGUGCCCGCAUCGAGCUGCGCCUCAAUGAGAUCGAGAAGAAGCAGACGGCCAUACGCACCGCUUGGCUGGAGCUGUUGCGCGCGCUGCGUGAGGCACGCGAGCUCUGCACACUGGCCGAGGGUGUGGCCUUUGUCACCAACUGGAUUCUCAACCAGGCUGAACAGCUGCUCAGCCGUCAGCGCAGCGUUGGCAGCGAUGUGCGAGCCUCCGAAACCCUGCGUGCGGCACACGAUCAACUGGAGCUGGAAUGCCGCGACACCUACGGCUGCUACGCGGAGCUGCUCUACAAGAUCGAACAGUUCGCUAAGGAGCGCCCCAUUGCCACAUGCCAGGACUUGCUCUCCCAGCGUGACUUUAUGCAGUUCGUGUGCCGUUCGUUUGCCGAGCGCCUGGAACGCCGGCGCAAGGUGCUCAUGACGGCGCUGCGCUUCCAUCGCCUGCUUGAGCAGUUCGAGGAGCAGCUGCUGAUAGCUAACCAAGCAGCCGAUGCGGAGCCCAGCGAAUUGGACUGGCAACAGGCCGAAGCAAUGCUUUCGCAGCUAAAGACCAGCCAACAGCUGUUGGGCAACAUCGAACGCGAACUUGUGCGCGAGGGCGAGAAGCUGAGCGACAUGUUGGCCAUGCCGGUGAAAGAUGCUUUGGGCCGUGACCUCCAGCUGGACUAUAGCAACGACAUUGCCCAGCUGCGUCGACAGAUUGACGCGAGCCGCGAGCGCCGGCAGCUGUGCGGACAGCGACUGGCGCUGCAGCGGCUCACCUUGGAGCAGGUGACCCACAUUCACGGCUACGAGCAGGAGGUGCGCCGUGCACUCCAGUGGCUGAACGAGCUGUAUGCGGUGCUGUUGCGCUGUCACUCCCAUGUUGGCUGCAACAUACACGAGAUCCAGCUGCAGAAGGACGAGUUGCAGGGGUUUGAGGAAACCGGACGGAGCAUUUUCAACUAUGGCUGUCAGCUGCUGGAGGCCGCGCAGACGCUGCGUCUCUGCUGCAAGCUGGAGCAAACGGAGCCGGAGCAAUUUAUGCUGCGACUGCAGCGCACCUGGCACAGUCUGCAGUCCAUUGCCCAGGAGCAGAUGACCCGGCUGCGUGUCUCCGCCGUCUUCCAUCGCAGCGUGGAGGCCUACUACAGGCAGCUGCGCGACCUGCGACCGCUGCUCACCCACGAGCUGGCCGCACAGCUGCAGCAGCAGCGCCAGCAGCACAAUCGCAGCAGCAGCGGCAUCAGCAGCGAUGCGGAAGCCUCGCCAGAGCUCUCCCCAGCUGGUGGCGGAGUUGGGGCACGUCUGCAGCGUCAUCUGCUGGCCCGGGAGCAGCUGCUGGUUGAGGUGGGUCGCAUGGUGCGGCUGGGUCGGCUGCUCAAGAAGCGUCUGAAAGAGCCGUUUGUGCUGGACGCGCUCACGGGCAAGAGCGUUGUGCCGGAUGAGCUGCCGCUGGACUGCAGUCCGAGCCCACUGCACGACAGCGGACGCAACAGCAGCGCCGGCAGCGAGUCCAUCCAUGCGGAAUCUGCCGCCACGUUAACUGUGACGCCAACGGGCAGCAAUGAGCUGGCCUGCGCCGCCAUUUCGCACAAGCUGAGCGCUAUCGCCGAGGUGGCUGAAUCCCUGGAUGCGGUCAUACGAGACUGCAGCGAUGGGGAGCUGGAUCUGUCCAGUGCGACGCACAAAAAGCUCGGCAGCAGUGGCAUGGGCAACGAGGACUGGCAAUCGCGUUCAACGGAAGAUGAAUCCUUUGCCACGGCCUCCGAGGGCAAUUUUACGCCCAAUUCGCAUUCAUCCUCCUUUCAAACGGCCUCGGGUCGCACCAGCUCGUACAUUGGCUCUGCCAAGAACUCCUUUGACGAGGCGGACGAUUCCACGCUGAGCAACUUUGAAAUACCCGAGCUGCCCCAGUCGCCAGUGAACAUGUCCUUUGAGAGCUCCGAGCUAAGCUACUUCUCCGCGCGCCAUCCACAAAAAUGCGAUGAUCAGGACAGCGUGGUGGGCGUGGCAGAGCUGCAUAGCCAAAGUGUGACGCCCACGCCCGAAGAGGAACAACAACAGCAACAGCAGCAACAGCCCAUCGAAUCGGACAGUGAAUUAGAGGACUACGGCCUGGACGCAGCUCACGUCAGUACAGAGUUGAUGCCCAGCGUCUCCACGGCCGUCACGCCGGAGGUGAGUGCCCAGGCAACAACAGCUGCUGCAUGCUCUGCUGGCACCGACAGCGCCGCGCAGACGUCGCCGGCGACGUGGCACCGCAGCAAAUACUAUGAGAAUAUAACGAAACAAACGAUCAAGGGUUUUCUCUAAGAGAUUUGCCCUCGCCCCGAUAUCCAAUAUAUAACCCGCCUAAUUAAGACGCGCCAUUUGCUUUGCUGCUUUGUUCUUGUUUGUUGUUGUUUUAUUUUUCUCAACGUUUUUCUUGCCAAAAUGAAUUUGCUGGCAGUUUUGUUUGAUUUUAUUUCUAAUUUAUUUAUGUUUUCUAUUUUAGCUAUUUUAGCCCAUGAGCUAAACAAAUUCUUUCAGCAUUUGUUUUGUUUUCCUUUAAUUAUUAUUAUCUUUUAAGAGCAGCGCAUGUUUUAGUAUUUAUUUAAAUUAUUAAUGUAGUUUAAUUAAUUAGUCUGUUUUGCUUGCGAUAAUUAGAGAAUUCCAAUAUAAUUUAAACACCAAUUUGCAAUUAAUUUCUUUUUUUUGAGCAGGCACAAUUUGAGUCGGCAAAAAUAUUCAUAUUUGCUUAAUAUUUCUAAUUUUUAAAUCGCAAAUAAGUCACAAAAAGCUAAAUUUAUAAAUAAUUUAUACAAUAUAGUCGACAUAUGUAUUUACAUGUAAUUAUUUAUUGUCUGCUCGAAAGCGUUGCAUAAUUUUAGGCUGCAGCUGGAAAAGCUGGCGUUUAACCCCUGUGCAGUCGCGAGGUUAAUUUGCCACCCAAAACAAAUGCCUAAUUUUAAUUCGACCUGGGUGGCUCAUAAAUGUGAACAAACGCUUUUAAGUGAUUUUAAUUAUAUAAUAUGUGCGCUGUCAGACGGGUGUUGACACACACACACA